UAUUGAGAGCUGAAUUGGCACAUUUUGGAAUUAAUUAAUUGUAUUUGCAAUCGGAUAAAAAUAGUAAUAGUUAUCGAAAAAACACUGACUACUAACACUGAUCAAAUAAUCAGCCAGACCAGUAGUCUGUCGCCCCAAUAAUAAGUUGAAUUAUUGUCAGAAAAAAAUUGCUUUUAAUACUUAAGUCAUUUAAUAUCAGAUGUUAUACCACAUUUACCCAAGUACUAUUCGUACUAACGCUUUAAAGAAAAAAAAAACAUAUUUCUGUUUGUGUUUUACUCUAAAAUUGAAUUAUAGUACAAUAGAAAAACCAGUAACAACCAGUGGGUUCCCCAGGCUGGUGUCACACACUGGGCCUAGUUUAAAACAUUACAGAGUAUUAAUUAUUUGUAAAAUAUACAAAAUAUGCAAAAUAGUUUAGCAUUCCUUCUAUAGUUGAAUGGUUGGCUCUGUUUUUCAAUAAACAUUCAGUAAAAGUAAAGAAGAGAAAUAUACACUUCAAGACAGAAGACUCACAAGAAGAUUUUGACAGCUGACAAAUGGAAUAAGUUUUUUUUUCUUUCAUAAAAGCAAGAAGUUAAUUUGACUUAAAUGCUCCAGGCUGAUUGUAAAUCAGUAAAAAAAUUAAAAAAAGAAAAAAAGAAAAGAAAGAAAAAGAAAGAAAGAAAAAAAAACUAAUAAUAAAUGUUAUUUUUUUGUAAAAUCUCUGGUGUAAUGUAAUUACUGUAACACAUUUUCCUUCCAUAGGGACGAAGAACCAAUCAAGAUCGAAUCCUGUAGGAAAACAAACGCUCUGAUUCGCUGAGACGCAGCACCGGUUUCAAGGCGCCCUGCGUUCUGUCGGGGGGGUCUUGUGAAUGGAGGGGGCGCCUGGAAACCGGUGGAAUCUGCACGGAGCGAGCAGAGCGAGCCCCUGGACUCCAACCGCUCAGCAUGUGAACCGACGCCGUGUGGAAAGUCAAGUCGGAAAAGCGAUGGAAAUGUGAGACUUUUCAACUUUUAUACGUCUCUUGUUUUGCGCGAAAGUGACCACGCUUAAGUUUUCAACGCGCUGGACUGUCUCGGGUUCGCUUUAGUUCGAGAAAAUGGGACUCUGAGUGUGAUUUUCACCCGGCUGGGAGUGAGAGUGGACUGCUUGGAGUCACUUACAAAGACCAUCAAGAAGUCAUGACACGACGAACGUUUCAUUUGGAUUUAUCUUCAUAAAAUACGAGGGGAAAGACAAUUGCGGCCAUUUCAAGUCGAGUUUCUCGGACAAUGAGAUAAGAGUUGGGACAUUUUCUCAAGAUUUUCUUUGCUUUUGAGCCUUUUUCAAGUCGCCCUACUUGGAUCAAAGUUUUUCCUUCCCUUCCCCCUCCUCCUCAACUAUGGCGGCGGCCAGGUCCACCACUGGCUCCGUUUUGCUGCGGAUCAUGUGGCUGCUGUGCGGGCUGUCCUCGCUCACUUCUGCCCAGCAUUACAACAGUGAAAGCGGGAUAUCUAUACCAGAACACGGGUUUUGCCAGCCCAUCUCCAUCCCGCUGUGCACCGACAUCGCGUACAACCAGACCAUCAUGCCGAACCUCCUGGGCCACACGAACCAGGAGGACGCCGGACUGGAGGUGCACCAGUUCUACCCUCUGGUGAAGGUCCAGUGCUCUGCGGACCUGAAGUUCUUCCUCUGCUCCAUGUAUGCGCCUGUUUGCACGGUGCUGGAGCAGGCCAUCCCCCCAUGUCGGUCUCUGUGCGAGCGUGCACGGCAGGGAUGUGAAGCCCUGAUGAAUAAAUUCGGCUUCCAGUGGCCGGAGCGACUCCGCUGCGAGGCUUUCCCCGUCCACGGAGCCGGGGAGAUCUGCGUCGGCCAGAACACAUCCGAACCCAGCAGCCCAGCCUCCUCGUCUUCCCCCUUUGCACCCGACCCAGUGACCCUUCCCCCAAACAUGGGCCGACCCAACCAACGCCCUCCCCAGCACAGCACGUACCACCAGUUCUCCUGUCCCCUGCAGCUGGAGGUGCCUGCCUACCUGGGGUACCGAUUCAUGGGGGUCAAAGACUGCGGGGCGCCCUGUGAGCCCACCAAACCAACGGGCAUCAUGUAUUUCCGGGAGGAUGAGGUGAAAUUCGGCCGACUGUGGGUCGGGAUCUGGUCCAUUCUGUGCUGUGUGAGCACCUUAUUCACGGUGCUCACAUAUUUGGUGGACAUGAGGCGGUUCAGGUACCCCGAGAGGCCCAUCAUCUUCUUAUCUGGGUGUUACUUCAUGGUGGCGGUCGCCUAUGCCGCUGGGUUUUUCCUGGAGGACAAAGUUGUGUGUGUGGAUAAAUUCAAGGAUGACGGCUACAGGACGGUGGCCCAGGGGACUAAGAAGGAGGGCUGCACCAUCCUCUUCAUGGUGUUGUAUUUUUUUGGUAUGGCCAGCUCCAUCUGGUGGGUGAUUCUGUCCCUGACUUGGUUCCUCUCCGCUGGAAUGAAAUGGGGCCAUGAGGCGAUCGAAGCCAACUCCCAGUACUUCCAUCUGGCCGCAUGGGCUGUCCCAGCCAUCAAAACCAUCACCAUCCUCGCCAUGGGUCAAGUUGAUGGCGACGUCCUGACAGGAGUGUGUUUCGUCGGCAUCUUCAACGUGGACUCCCUCCGCGGCUUCGUCCUGGCUCCCCUUUUUGUCUACCUGUUCAUUGGCACGUCCUUCCUCCUGGCCGGGUUCGUGUCCCUCUUUCGGAUCCGCACCAUCAUGAAGCACGACGGCACCAAGACGGAGAAGCUGGAGAAGCUGAUGGUGCGGAUCGGGGUGUUCAGUGUGCUCUACACGGUACCGGCCACCAUAGUGAUCGCCUGUUACUUCUACGAGCAGGCCUUCAGGGAGCACUGGGAGCGGACCUGGCACAUGCAGACCUGUAAGCGCUUCGCUGUACCCUGUCCGGCUUACAACUUCGCCCCCAUGACCCCGGACUUCACGGUGUUCAUGAUCAAAUACCUGAUGACCAUGAUAGUCGGGAUCACCUCGGGUUUCUGGGUCUGGUCCGGGAAGACGCUUCAGUCAUGGCGGAGCUUCUACAAGCGCCUUAGCAACGGUAACCAUGGAGAGACGACAGUCUGAAGUGCGGAGAGGAGAGUUUGGAUACAGCAACCAUGUAAAUGAGGUCAAAUAGCUUUCAUUUUAAUACUAUUUUGGACAUUUUUAAUCAGAUUUUUUUCGGUGUUUUUUCAAGGUGUGAGAGCAAAUCAGGUUUUGGACCCACACCAAAACUCUAUAUCGAAAGAACCUGGACGAAUUUUUCAUAUACAUCCUUUUUAUUUUUUGUCACUCUUGGCAUUUGCAUUUUUGGAUUAUGUUCGUUGCAAAAGGCCACACAGGUACCUGGACUGGUGAAGUUACUUUUUAAUAUGAAAACUCACUCCAUAUUAUUGAUUAUAUCCUUUUUAAUCUUACAAUUUGAAUGUACUUCCUGUCUACUCCGGUGAGAGUCUCUCACUGGAAGGCACCAUAACAGAAAAAGACUGAUGGGUCUGUCCAUGCUGCAGCAAAAAAGGUCAAAGGUUUGAUCCCCACCGCAGCAGCCACACCCUCUGACUGUGAAUUCAUGAAUUAUGGAUGCCUGGAUUAUACAUGUAAAUUUGAAGUUACUCUGCUUUUAGGUACAGACUGAAAAUCCUUAAAUACGUGUGUUUAGACUUUGCAGAGCACAAUCUCGCCUGUUUUUAAUCCGAGGAAGAACGAAUCAACUCGUGACUCACUCUGCCAUUUAUGUGCCAAGUGGCUGCCCAGAAAUCAAAACAUUUAUUUCAUUUUCUACUUUAAUAAUUUUUCAGUUUUCCAGUCUGUUGUGUAUUUGCGCCUGUAUUGAAUGUUCACUCCGAAGGUGAAUGAAGUUAUGUGUUGGUUUGCACAGCUAUCCUUAAAGUUUAAUAGUGUUAAAAAACAAUGACUGAUUCUCACUACAAGAUGACCUGGAUCAAACAGGGAGAGACCACACACAUGCACGCACACACACACACACACACACACACACACACACACACACACACGGGCCUCCACUCUCUGCAACGAAGACACAACAGCUCAUUGUUUGUCUCUGUGUGUGGUCUCUCGACUGCUGGAUCACUCAUCAAAGACUUUUUAAGCUUUUAAGACACCCAAAGCACCAUUUCAAGGAUCCAGAUUUAAUCCGUACGGGGUGGAAAUGGUUGCUCAGGAUUUUUAACGUUAUUUUAUCCUGGAUUAAGAUGACUGUACACAUUCACGCCUGUAUUCUAUCCACUGUAACUGAAUCUGCCCUACCCCCGUAUAAUUUCUCGUUGAGUGUUGAAUGGUUUUGAUUUUAGAUUUUUAAUGAAUCUUUAUUUUAGGAUACAUCCAAGUUUGAAACACAGAAAAACUGCAUUUUUUCCCCCCUCUCUGUUUGGAAGCAGAAAUCAUAGUAAAUGUUCUAAAUCAUAAAACAAGAAAUCAGGAUUGAGGUCAAGGGUUAUGUGAGAAUAUUUUGUCAUUUUUUUCAUAUUUACUGGGACUGAAUUACUGGUGAUGAUACAGCAGUUUGUUUGGUGUAGUUAAACAUCAAAUUUGCAUCGUAAUGAGAUUGUGAUGUUUUUUUUUAAAUAAAUGGAACCCUUUUAACACAGUAGAAGGGAAACCUGUCAACUAAAUGCUCAUUUUAUUAAAAUAAGCCAAGCCCAAAGUGUUUUUCAGGAUUGAGGCUGUUUGUUUAUGAAAUGUUAUGGUAAACUCAUCACUUUAAAGUCUAGUAAGAAAACACAACACUUUGGAACAGUUAUCAUUCGCAAAAGGUUCGUCAGCGAUUUAGUCCCAUUGUUAAUCAGCUGAUGUGCGCAACGACUGACUUUUUGAACUUGAUCAGAAAUUUUAUUUCUCUGACUCACUGCUCAGAUCAGCAAUUCUUGCCGGGAAACACAAGAUAAAGAUGUUUCCCCCCUGAUUCAGACAGCUUUGAGGCAGAAGUUUUUCUUCCUCUAUUGUAACACAUGUUCUCUAUAUACAUUACAUGUAAACUAUGAAUGGAAACGCCCUGCAGCAACGAGAGAACACUCACUUUAUGACCUGUAUAGACCUGGUGUUCUAGUUAGCCGUAAACAAUCCACUCACACUAAUAGUAGAUAACUGCGUACAACUCUGUGCAGUAUGCUGUUGAAGCAGUUUGUGUACAUGAAAUAUCCCAUUUCACACACAACGAAUGACAUACCUCAAACCCUGGUUAAAGGAUUGAGUAAGGAAACGGGGCAACACUCCACCACACAUGAGUCAUCUCUCGUCCAUCAAGUUUUGACCUAACAAGGCAAAGGUAUUCUGUGAUUGUCUUCAGGCAGCUGAGAUCUGCCCAUGUCAAUGAUACCAGACUGAUGUCUUUGUCUAGUGCUAAGUUUUCAGAAGGAGUAUGAGUGUGGGUUUUUAAUUAUUUUUUUUUUAUUGGAACAUAUGCAACCUACCAAGUUAACGCAGACUGUUUUUUAAAGGCAUAUUGUAUUUAUAGGGACACUCAUUUUUGUCUUUUUUUACUUGUCUUUUUUUUAAUGAGAUAAGCCUGUUGUAUGUGUACAGUUUGAAUAAAAGCGAUAAGGUUUGUAACGCA